AAAUAGACAAGUAAGAACAAAUCCAAUUAUUAAAUUCUCUCUUGUAUUUAUCACUUGGUUAUUAUUCUCUUCUGCUGCUACAUUUCUCAAGCAAGCUCUCUCUCUCUCUCUCGGUUUUAAGUUGAUUUGCUUCCAGGGAAACAAUGCCUAUAGGCGAAAUCUUUCUUGCUGCUUUCAUUAAGGUGUUGUUUGAGAAGUUGGCCUCAACUGAACUACUGAAGUUUGCUCGUCAGGAGCAAGUUCAUACUCACAUCAAGAGAUGGAGUGGAGAAUUAGCUAAAAUUCAAGCAUUCUUGGCUGAUGCGGAGGGGAAACAAAUAGAAAAUAGAGCUGUGAAAAUGUGGCUGGAGGAACUCACAGACCUGACUUAUGAUCUGGAUGACAUACUGGAUGAAUUUGCCACUGAAGCUUUACGGCGUAAGUUAACAUCAGAGUCUCAAGCAGCUAGCACCAGCAGGAGCAAGCUACGGGCCAUGAUACCUACAUGUUGUAAAGGACUCAAUCCAACAACUUUUUUGUCUGAUUUUACGAGGAGUUCUACUUCCAAGAUAGAGGAAAUCACAACCAGAUUGAAAAAUAUUCUUGAAAACGGAAGUGGACUUGGUUUACAACAGAUUCUUGCAGAAGAAUCUGCUAAAGCUUGGCAGAGACCACCCUCCACAUCCUUGAUACAUGAACCUCGCAUACAUGGCAGGGAUAAGGAAAAAAAGGAGAUAAUUGAUUUUCUCCUCAGAAAUGAGUCAAGUGAUAACAAAGUUGGCGUAAUUCCCAUUGUAGGUAUGGGUGGGCUUGGCAAGACCACCCUUGCACAAAUGGUAUACAACGAUGAAGUAGUGAACAAGAAUUUUGAUUCGAAAGCAUGGGUCUGUGUUUCUGAUGAGUUUGAUAUUUUGAGAAUCUCAAAAGUAAUUCUUGAGUCUAUUACUUCCAAGUCUUGUGAAUUUAAAGAAUUGAAUCAAGUUCAAGUUCAGCUAAAGCAAAAUUUGGUUGGAAAAAAGAUUUUAAUUGUUUUAGAUGACGUAUGGGACAAGAAAUACAAUGAUUGGAAUGUUUUGAAGAGCCCCAUUAAUGAUGGAGCCCCAGGAAGUAAGAUAAUUGUAACAACCCGUGACGGAGAUGUUGCAUCGAGUAUGGGAACCGUUCAAAACCAUUUGUUACAACAUCUAUCAGAAAAUGAUUGUUGGUCGGUGUUUGCACAACAUGCCUUUGGGAAUAGAAGCAUGGAUGCAAAUCCAAAUUUGGUGUUUAUUGGUAGGAAAAUUGUGGAAAAAUGUAAAGGUUUGCCUUUGGCUGCUAGGACACUCGGUGGCCUUUUACGGUGCAAAAAAAGAGACGAUGAGUGGGAAAAUGUAUUGAAUAGUAAAAUAUGGGAUUUAACUGAACAAGGCAGUGAAAUCCUCCCAGCUUUGAGAUUAAGCUACCAUCAUCUCCCUUCACAUUUGAAGCGGUGCUUUGCAUAUUGCUCUAUACUGCCAAAGGACUAUGAAUUUGAGGAUGAGGAGUUAGUCUUCUUGUGGAUGGCAGAAGGCCUUCUUCAGCAACAAAAUGGAAAGAAGCAAAUGGAAGAUUUAGGAGCUGAAUACUUUCGUGAAUUGCAGUCGAGGUGUUUUUUCCAACCAUCAAGUGGUGGUGAAAACUCGAAAUUUGUGAUGCAUGACCUCAUCAAUGAUUUAGCUCAGUCAGUUGCAAGAUAUACUUGUUUUAGAUUGGAGGAUAAAUUGAAGGAUUAGGAGCAAUGUAGAAAAUUGAAGAGUGCUCGACAUUCAUCUUACAUGCAAAGCGAAUUUGAUGCAAUCAAAAAGUUUGAAACUUUUUAUGAAGCCGAGAAUGUAAGGACCUUCUUACCCUUGUCCUUAGAUAAAGAUGAAUCUUGUUAUUUGACGAGCAAUGUUGCCCUUAAUUUGUUGCCAAAGAUGAUACGCUUAAGGGUCUUGAGUUUGAAUAGAUAUCACAUUGGCGAACUUAUUCCAAAAUCAAUUGGAGAUUUGAAACAUUUGCGAUAUCUUAACUUUUCCUACACUAGAAUCAGAACAGUACCUGAAUCAUUAGGUACCCUAUACAAUCUACAAACUUUGAUGCUAAGAGGUUGUCCAGAACUGAGGAAAUUGCCUGCGGACAUGGGAAACCUUAUCAACCUACGUCAUCUCGAUAUGAUUGAUUCAAAUUCCUUAGAAGAAAUGCCACGAGGAAUUGGUAAGUUGACAAGUCUCCAAACACUAUCCAAUUUUAUUGUUAUGAAAGACAACAAUGGGUCUCGGAUAAGAGAGUUGGGGAACUUGAUUCAUCUUACAGGGAAACUUUGCAUAUCGGGUAUAGAAAAUGUGGUUGAUUCUUCGUAUGCAAGAGGGGUGUGUUUAAAUGACAAGCAUGGUAUAGAUGUGCUAACAAUGGUAUGGAGUAGUGAGAGCUUGGAUGGUUCAGGAAAUGAAAUGGUUACAAAAAUGCUUGACAUAUUAAAACCUCACAAGAAGCUGAAAGAGCUACACAUUAGAGGCUACCAUGGUAUGAGUUUUCCAACUUGGAUAGGAGAUCCUUUGUUCUCCAAUAUGGUGUGCAUGAAGUUGCAAAAUUGUAAAAAUUGCACUUCCUUACCGCCACUUGGACAACUACCCUCUUUGAAAGACCUUCAAAUUGAAGGAACGAGUGGUGUAAAGCAUGUGGGUUGUGAGUUCUAUGGGCAGCAUUGCGCCAAACCUUUUCCAUUACUCGAGACACUAUGUUUUGAGAAUAUGUCAAAAUGGGAGGAUUGGUACAUUUUUGGAAUUGACAAGGAAGUUCAAACCUUCACUCGUGUUAGUAAGCUCUCCAUCAAAAAAUGUCCCAAACUUGUGCAAAUGUUGCCGAGUAAUCUUCCUUGCCUAAAAACUCUUGAGAUUAUAAAUUGCUCGUAGCUGCUGGUUGAAGCUUCUAGCCUUGUUCUCCCGUCACUCACCUCCCUGUCCAUGAGUGAUGUUCGGCUUCCAAGCCUUCCAGUGCUCCUUGAGACAUGUAUCGUGCUUGAACCCAGUUCCCUUACUUGCUUGAAUAUUAGAAAUGUUAAAAUCCCUGAGUCCCUGUGCAAUCCAAGCAUAGAUGAUGAAGUGAUGUUGGCAAAUGCAAUGUCUAAGCAUCUGAGUUCGGUAACUUCCUUGAGCAUUGAGAUGAUUCAGAAACUUGCAUUAUUGCCAAAAUGGCUUACCCAGGGGCUUAAGGGACUCAAAGAAUUGCAGAUUUCUAGUUGUAAAGAACUCACAACACUGUGGCAGAAUGAGGAGGGACUACAACACAAUCUCGUUGUCUUGCAAAUUGAUGAUUGUCCGCAACUUGUUUCAUUGUUUGAAGAAGAUGAGGAUGUAGAAAACGAAGGGCUACAUCAACAAGAGGGAGUGCCUUCCAUGGUGAGACUAGAUAUACGUAAUUGUGAAAAGCUGGAGAAACUGCCACGGGGGCUACAGACCUUCACUUCUCUUCGACAGAUGGAUAUCCUUGAGUGCCCUAGUCUGGUAUCUUUUUCAGAGACAGGCUUUCCGCCUAGCCUAAGAGGACUUCAGAUUGAUGGAUGUAAGGCUCUGCGGUCCUUACCUGGGUGGACAGCGUACGAUUCUAAUCUGGUGUUCUUGGUGAUAAAGAGGUGUGAUAAUCUGGAGUCCCUUCCGGAAGAAUGGGUCCACCACCCCGCAACAAAACUGGAAACAUUGAUUAUCAGAAAAUGCAAAAAACUAGAAUUGGUCCUCUUGCCAAACCCUAGUUUACGCAACAACAACAGCCUCUUCGCUUCCCUUGAAUUUCUGGCGAUAGAAAGUUGGCCUGCAGGAGGAGAAAUCGUCUCCUCCUACAUUCUAGAGAAAGGGAAUUUCCUCACCAACCUCACUUAUCUUGAUAUCGGGAAUGUGAAGACUGGUAAGCCACUAUCAGAGUGGGGUUUGCACAGAUUCUCCUCUCUUGAAAGUCUCCGGCUUAAUGGCCCAGGUAACGUAUCAGAAGCAGAAGAAUAUUCGGUGUCCAGCUUUCCAGUAGAUGGGAUGUUGCUGCCCACCUCUUUGACGCAUCUGUGGAUUUGGAAUUUCCCAAAUCUGGAGAAGAUAUCUUCUUCCAUGGAGACCAUUCAAAACCUCACCUAUCUUCAAUUCAGUAAUUGCCCUAGGCUCACAUCUUUUCCCGAGCAAGGAGGGUUGCCUCCCUCGCUUUUGCAACUUCAUUUACACCUAUGUCCAAUAAUGAAACGGAGGUGUGAAAAGGAGAAAGGCAAAUAUUGGACCCUCAUAGCUCCCAUUCCUAAAGUCACCAUAGACGACAGAUACAUCUUUGAAGUAGAGGAAUAAACUGCAAUAUGUAUGAGCAAUCAAAACUAGCAGCAAUUUUUCUGUUUUAGUGAUGGUGUCUAUGGAUGACAGCGUGGUUUAAGGAUUCUUUCUUUAAUUUUGAAGUUCUAUUUCUUUGUUUUGUCUCUUCUAGAGCUCAAUGUAAGCAUCAUUAAAUCUAACUCAGUAUCUCAAAUAUUCUUUCUUGCUUUCUUUCUUUUAUCAUUGUCAAAUUGUUUCUCAACUAUGAAAUUGAACUCAUGAAGUAGAAAAGGUGUGAGGUUUGUCAAGUUAUCAAAAUUCCUGACCUCUUUUAUUAAUUAGACUCGUCGACUAAUUGUUUGUGCCAUGAUUUUCAUUUUUGUUCACUGGAGGGAGAAAAGCAUGAUCUCUUUUGUAGGUGUAGCUUUUUUGAAAUGGAUUCUGCUUCAAACUCUACACUUAAAUCAACUUCGGAAAAUUGUGGACUUCAACUUUUGGGCAUCAUAUAUGAUCUAUGGCAGGCUUGCAGCACCUCGUGUUCUGCUUGGGUCACACACGUAUUCACUAUAUUGGAUUGUAGUGAAGCUGGUUCAAGGUGUAAAUGUCAUCUAUGCCAACCACAUAAACCACAUGAAGCUGGUUUCAUGUGGUUUCAGUUUAAAAUGACAAUAAUGUCAGGAGGGAUUUUCGGUGGCUGCUUGUCAAAUGUUUGCUAGUCAUUGUUGUUUUCUUUUCAUUUCCAGCUAUUUCUAUCUUUUCUCAUGAUCAGUAUGGUGUACCUGUUGUGCAUAUGUUCAUUUCGGUUAUAGCCAAGCCUACAUUAGCUACACAAGCCUAUCCUUGUUUGUAUUGUCCUGGGAUAUGCUCCUUGUAUUCUGUAUUUAUUUCUGAUCUUUGGUCUAUAUAUUCACUUACACAAUACAUAUAUAUAUAUAUAUAUAAAGCCUUUUUCACCAAAUAAUUGGCAUGUUGAAAUUUGAUUCAUAUUGCUUGCCUUUCUCACAAUGUAUAUUCACUUACACAAUAUAUAUAGAAUCAUCAUUCACCAUUGCAAGGGAAUGAUCAUUUCAUAAGAAAUCCUAAAGGAUGACCAUUCCAUUCUAUUCCAUUCUAUCUCAUUCUAGUGAACCAAAUAGAGCAUGAAUAUUCAUCGUGUGACUAUAACUAGUGUCACUAUAACUAUAGUGAGCAUCUGACUGUGUUCAAACUUUUUGAAUGUUGGAACUUUGAUUGUGUUUUGGUUAAUGUUUAUGCACACCAAAUGAUGGGGUGAAAAGAGGAAAUUUGUGAGAGGUUCCUGUCAAUCUUGACCAAUUUUUUGUAAACCAUGGUGAAAAAAUUAAACUAUAAUGCUAGGAAUUGGAAAGCUUUAUAAUGUUUGGUACACAGGAUUGCAAUUUUGAACUCAGGUAAUGAAACUAGCUUGUGGUCAUGCAACCUUGUGAAAUUUCAGGGGAGCCAAGAUGCAAUUUUAUCCUCUAUUAUUCAGGUCUAACUAAUUUUGUUCAAUACAAAUCAUCAUGUGGAGCACUGGAUUAUCUUGAGACACCAGAGGUGUAUCCUAUAGAGAAAUGGUGAAAUCUUAUACUACAUAAAUGAAACAGUUGAGAUUGUGCAAAAAACAGAUGAAGAGAAUUCUCUUUCACAAUGUUUGGGGGAGGAUAGUCCUGAUGUAUGAUUGUAUAUCUUGGGGCCCUGGCUCGUUUCCACACUCUGAAAAAAUAUACUGGAGGAGUGCAUCAUCCUUUAGAUGUGAUGAUGGAUGGAAUGAGAGGAUUACAUUCUAUUUUUUUCUGGAGGCAGAGAAAAUGAGAGUAACUGUUCAGUUUUCUCUACGAUUAAAAACCUGAGAAUCAGCUAUCACUAAAUGGGCGUUGAUAGAGUUGAGUGGAGAAGAAGGAUUCAUGUUCCCAACCCCAUUUGAUGUGACUUAAGGCUUGGUUUGGUUUGGUUUAUAAUAUUUAGAUUAUCUAUUUUACUUUUAGCUUGUGUACUAAUAACUGUAUUUGACAAACUAUUUUCCUUGCUCUUUGUGUUGAAAUCUACCAAGUCUCAAAGAUCUAAUCUUUUCUAAAUGAUAAUGUUUUGAGGAGCUGAUGUAGCACCAGUGAGGAGAAGGAUAAGAAAGAAAAGAGCAGGUGGGAAGAAAACAGAGGGCAGGGUAAAACAAGGAAUAGUCCCAAAGCAAUAUCUUAAUCUCAAUCAAUUAAUACUCAAACCUAAGCCUGAUAAACCCUUACAUAAAAGCCAUAUAUGCAAGUAAACCAAACAAACAAAAACUACGAAAUAAAAUCCUAAACAAAUUCAUUUUCCUAAAUAAAUUAAACUUCUAAAUAAGUAAAAUUCCUAACCUUCAACUAUUUCUUAUCCAAUUCCUUUACGUUACCCAUCAGGAGCUUCUACUGAACCAAGUGUGGCUGUCAGUUUUUGGAGGCUUGUGGCUGUCAGUCCUUAGAGGGUCCUUAGGUUCUUGAUGUUUGUUUGCUGUCCAGUCUGGAAGUGGUUUCUGACUGUUUUGUUAGGGUUAAUUUAAUAGGAUCUCCUUGCUAGGAGUCCUGAAAUUUGAGGCUAUAAUUUUUGGUUGACUAUGCUCUGGUAGUCCUGCACAUACAAUUCAAGAAGGUUGAUUAAUAAAAAUUCUCUUAAGCUUUUUGCUUUAUUGUUUUUUUGUUUUUUAAUGGAUUCCAUUAAUUUAAGCUGCAGAUGUGCAAUUUGCUAGGAUACACUAGUUUGUUGCUGGCAAGAGACAAUGCCAAAUCUCAAUUUUGAUGGUUGGGUAUAUAAAGACAUCUUUGUGUUGUAAAAUAGCAUUAAUGAUUAAUUACUAGUUGUGUUCUCGUGGGUCAGUGAAUCUUAGGGAUAGGCAACCAAGUACACUAUGAGAGGGAUUUCAAAUCUCCAACUAGGGGUGUUCACUUGUCAGACCCCCGGGGGGGGUUGUUUGCCAUAGACCCUGUCACCUGGACCGAUCAUCUCGAGUUGAAUAAGAAAUAACCCAAUUUUGACCUCUAGAUGCUCAAAACCGAACAUAUUCGGGUUGAAUAGUUUCAGUCGAAAUGUCGAAACCAACCAAUCUUAUCGCAUUGCAGAUCAUAACCCCAAAAAAUUAAAACAAAAUUUAACCUCGUAUAUAUAUUUUUUGAGAAGAAAAAAAAUGAGGAUUAGAGGAAUAGGAAAGAGACCAAAUUUAAGAGAAGAAGAGCUUUGGGUGUGAGGGAGAGAGGCAGGAAGGCAGAGGAGUGAGAGAGGAGAUUGUAAUGACAGAGAGAGGAUAAAAGAGACAUUGAGAUCUGAGACAGAGAAGCGACGGCAAAGUGAUCUCUAAUGGAGAAGGUGAAACACUGGUGGAAAGCAGCAUCAAUGGUGAGGCAGUGGCAAAAAGCAACAGCAGUGGCCAAGCCUCAGUCAAACUAAAGGUUACUGUGUGGUUCUAUUGCAAGUUACAACUAGUCUUUAGCAACUAAAUGAAAAUAUGAGAGAGUUUUGAAAUGAAAAGAAAAUGUAAUGAUGAUGGGGUGAUGGAAAGUCGAAGAAAGUGUCAUUAUGAUGUGAAGAUGAAAGAUUGAAUAAAGUAAUAGUAAUUAUAAUGUGCAAGUGAAAAAGUUGAAUAAUGUGUCAAGAGGUAAAGAAUGUGAUAAUAAUAUUUGGA